UCUCAACCUUUACAUCACCCUCAUGCUGGGGCAGGCGCAGGAGUGUUUGCUGGAGAAGUCCAUGCUGGACAACCGCAAGAGCUUCCUCAUUGCUCGCAUCAGUGCACAGGUGGCAGAGUACUACAAGGAGGCGUAUCAUUUUCUGGAGAACCAUGAGGUUUCCUCCCUCCUUGGCCGAGAACAGAAGGAGUGGAAGAAACAGAUCCAAGUCAAGAUCUCAUACUUUAGCUGCAUAGCCAAUCUGUACAUGGGGAAGCAGGCAGAUGAACAGCAGAAGUACGGAGAGCGGCUUGGAUUUUACCAGAGUGCCCUGGAUAAGCUGAAUGAGGCUGUCAAAUGUGCCAAGGGCCAGCAAGACCCAACAUUUAACGAAGCCCUGCAGUUCACUAUGGACGUUGUUGGCGGAAAGUAUAACUCUGCAAAGAAGGACAAUGAUUUUAUUUAUCAUGAAAGCGUUCCAAGCUUAGACAAUCUUCCAGCAGUAAAAGGCGCACCACUUGUAAAGGCCCUGCCUUUCCAGCCCACGGAUCCCAGUGUUACCGGACCUGACAUCCUUGCUCGUCUCGUGCCCAUGGAGGCACACAAGGAUUCCUCUCUCUACAGUGAGGAGAAGGCCAAGAUGCUCCGGGAGGUGGGAGAGAAAAUUGAAGAAAAGAAUAAGGAGCUACAGCAUUUCAUGGACUCGCUGGGCAUUGAGUUGGAACAGCUGGAGCGCCCCCCGGCAUACGACCGCAUCCCACAGGCACUCAUGGAGAAGUGCGCGGCGCUCAGCGUACGGCCCGACGCCAUCAAGGGCAUCGUGCAAGCCAUGCAGACACUGUCGAGCGUAUUCACAGACGUUGAGGCUUCACUGAAGGAGAUCGAGGAUCAGCUUGAGGAGGACGAGAAGAGUGAGAACAUCUGCCAGGAGGUUAUUGGACCUAGGCCAUUGUCCAACAUCAUCAAGGAGAUGAGCAAGGAGUGGGGCAAGUACAUGGAGGCACACCAAAAGGCGAGCGUCACCAACAUGGAGCUACGCAAAGCCAUGAACCUACACAUCAGCAACCUUCGUCUCAUGAGCGGUCCUCUCGACCAGCUCCGCGCUGCCCUACCCAUACCCACCACCACCACAGCGGACGAGACUGUAGGUGACAACCUGAAGAAGAUGCUGCGCAAGGUGGGGGAGAUGCGUGAGCAGCGCACGACACUAGAGCAGCAGAUUCGUGAUAUGGUGCAGGGCGACGACAUCACAGGCGUGCUCGUCACAGCGGCACCUGGCAGCGUGCGGGAGCUGUUCACCAAAGAGAUGAAGAAGUACGAUCAACUCAAGGUGUACAUUGACCAGAAUCUCAGCGCCCAGGAGAAUAUCUUGCGUGCCCUUACAGAUGCCAACGCCAAGUAUGCCCUGGUCAGGAAAGCAUCAGAGGAAGCUGACGACAAAUGGAAUAAUGCAGUGCAGGCGCUGGUGUCAUCGUACGAUGCCUAUGAGGACUUGAUAAAGAAGUCAGAGGAAGGAAUUCACUUUUACAAGGACCUGGAGGGGAAAGUGACCAAGCUUUUACAGCGUGCCAAGUCCGUGUGCCGUGUGCAGGACGAAGAGAGGCAGAAGAUCUUGGAAAGGGAAAGUAAAAAGAAGCCACCUCCUCGCCCUACAGCCCCUAAGCCUCCCAUGAGAGAGCCAGACAAACCUGACUUUGGCAUUCCUCCCGACACCGGGGGGGAUAUCGAUAUGUCCGACCUCCCGGAGGACCUGAAGAGCCUGCCACCAGAUGUGCUGCGGUUAAUAAUGGCCGACACGGCCCUGGAGGAGGCUUCACUGCCUCGGCUUAACUCAGCCCACCGUUACGCCAACUAUGCACACCCGCCAUUCCACCACACAUCGCCUCGUCACACACCUCAAGUCCCGGGACCCAGGGAUAGGGCGCAACAGCGACCCUCAGCCCCAUCCCCGAACCUGCCAACAUAUCCAGCUGCAGCCUCUGGUCCACAGAUGGCUUUCUCCCCUGGAUAUGCACAGCCUUUACACCCGGGGACACCCCAGCAUUUUGCCGGGCCCAGAUAUGACAAUGGGCCCCACCCAACUAUGGGUUCCUCUGGGUCCCUGCCUUCGGUGCCCCCCUUCGCAUCCCCCUAUGCCGGCCCCCAAGCUCCCCCUGUGGCUGCCGGUGGUCAGUCCUCGCUGCCCACGAGCCUCGCAGGCGGGGGCUUUGCCCCGGCUACUUCCGUGCCCUAUCAACACGGCCCCAUGCAGCCUCCUGCUCGCCUGCCAGCCUACCCCUACCACGUACCUCCACCGUACCAAGAUGCUGUGCGGCACCCACAGUACACAGGUCCUCCACAGGGUGGUUACCCUAGUGCACCCCACAAUCAGCAUCACCCGCUCCCGCAGCAGCAACCGACACCAGGACAGGGUGGCUACCGGCAGGCGACGCCAGCAGAAGCCCACAUGGCGCAUGGGGCACAUGCGCCAUACAUGCAGUCGCCCCUGCACGUGUCCUCACAGCCACAGCUGGUGCAGUAUGGGCACGGCACUCCGCUUCCGGGUCAGUUUAGAGGAAGUGCACCUUUGCCUGGAACCGAUCCAUACCAAGUUCUGGGACCAGCACCACAUUGCAUGGUCGCUCCCCAGCAUGAAGCACAUGCUCAACCUCGCCCAGCUGCUCUUAGCGCUGGCUCCCAGCCGUAUCCAUACACUGUCGCUCAACCGGGCACAGGGCAGGUGAACCCAACUGAUGCGCGUGCAAUUCAUCCAGCCGGUCCUCUCCCACCGCACGUGGCACCAGGGACCCUGCCUAUGGGCAGCUAUGCACCGCAGCAUCAAGCAGCUCCUAGCGGUGGCAACUUCCAGCAGGGCCACACGUACCUGGGCCCUGCGGUUCAGCAGGGUCAGCAAGGGCCAACCACGUACCAGCACGUACAACCCAGCAUGCACAAUCCGCAGGGCGGACAAUUCAACAUGCCUCAUGCACAGCCCUCGAACGCCCAUCCUCUCCAACAUCAAAUUAAUCCACCAAUCCCGGUGUCUUCAUCCCAAACUGCUCAGCCUGUGUUUUACCCCGGCUCUAUCCACCCCACGCAAGUGACCCUAUCUUCUGGAAUUUCCCCCUUGAUGCCGUCCACUGGUACAUGCCAGCAUGCCCCCACACAGCCAGGGGUUAUGCCACAUGCAGCACAGAGUCAAGUCACGGGGGGGAUAAUUCACCCCACUCUAACCCCUACACCUCCCACCAGCAACGCACAGCUUCAAGCAUUCCCUCCGGCCCCUGGGGCCGUAUUACGGCCGACGCCAGUGCCUUCCUCACCAGCCGGCGGCAUGGUUCACCCAGCACCCACCCCAACCCCACCACCCAUUGGAACGCUCCAUCCUGCUCCCACGCCCACUCCUCCACCGCUGGGUGGUAUAGUCCCAUCGACGGCCACCACCGCACCUCUACCGCCGGUGAGCGGUGUUCCCCUCCCCAGUACCACACCACCCCCUGCCAACUUGCCCCAGCCGUUGGGCACCUCCCAGCAAUCUGCAGGAAUAACAUCUCAUACUGCGCCCUCACACGCCGCCCCCUCUUCUCCCAACACGAGGCCAGCAUUGCCGGGUUCAACGACAGCUUUGUCCGGUGCAGGUGGUGGUGGUAGCAGUGGCACCGGCAGCUCCUCUAUCCAGAUUUCUGGUGCUGGUUCACACGGCCCCUAUCAGCGGCAGAGCUCGGCCACGGAUGACCUGCUCUCCACCUCAUUUGAUGGGCAGCAGUCGAGCCUGCAGACACGCAACUCCCAGCCGCUGCUGCAGCCCACCAGAGCUGACAUGGUGGCCAAAGGGGUGAAGAUCAUUGAGAGGGAUCCAUUUGUGCAGCAAGAUCUGUUGCGGAGACUGGUGAAGGAGACGGAGAGAUUCAAGGCGAUGGUGGAAUCGAUGGAAAGCCUUCCGGAUGGCGGUGGUAUCACGCUGCUCGAACGCAAGUGGAAGGAGCUGCAAGAGUUGCAGGAGAAGGAUGUGCGGUCGUUCUCCAUCUCCAUCGCCAGGUGCUACACCAUGAAAAACCGGAACCCUGAUUUCAUGCCCUUUGACAAGAACCGCGUUGUGCUGGCGUCCGGCAAGGAUGACUACAUAAACGCCAGCAUGAUUGAGGAGCUGUCUGCCUACUGUCCCCGCAUCAUCGCCACGCAAGCACCGCUGGCGACCACUGCAGCUGAUUUCUGGCUCAUGGUGUACGAGCAGAAGAUCGCAAUCAUCGUCAUGCUGGUGUCGGAGCCAGAGCUGGAGAAGCAGCGUGUGUUGCGCUACUUCCCAACGGAGAAGGGGCAGCAGAUGGCGCAGGGAAUCGUGAUGGUGUCGCUCACGUCACAGAAGGUGGCGCCGUCGUACACGGAGCGCAUGUUCGCUCUCAAGCUGCGAGGACAGAGCUUGACCCGGACGGUUGUGCAUCUGCACUAUCACUGCUGGCCGGAGUUGGGCCUGCCAGAGAGCACCAGCAGCCUGCUGAACUUCAUCGCCGAGGUGCACGGCCACUACCUCCACCAGCGGCCUCUGCACAUGCCGAUAGUUGUGCACUGCAGCUCGGGUGUGGGCCGGACGGGCGCCUUCUGCCUGGCGUAUGCGGCAGUGCAGGAGGUGGAGGCUGGCAAGGGCUUGCCUGACCUGAUGCAACUUGUGCGGCGAAUGCGGCAGCAGCGCAAGCAUAUGAUCCAGGAAAAGCUUCAGCUGCGCUUCUGCUACGAGGUGGUGCUGCGGCACACGGAGCAGGUCCUGCAGCGGCACGGCAUCUACGUGAGCGGCGUCGCUGCCCCGAAGCACCCAGUCACCACCAGCCAGAAGCAGGCGCCAGCUCCAGUGCGGCAGGACUCCCAGGACAUAGUGCUGGGUGGUGACCUCUCCUUCAGCUCCAUCCAGGCCACGGUGGCGCGGCUCAGCAUAAAGACCUGCCCAUCUCCUCCGCAGAGUUCCCUAGAGCCAGCAGUGGCCACUCCCUCAACCCCCCCCUCAAGCGAAGGCAAUCCCCCGCACACCUCAACGACGAUAUGCACUGCCGACGAGGUAGUUGUCGACGCACCUCUCCCACCAGCGAACGGCGACAUUGCCGCGACAGCUGCUGCUGUUUGCGCUCAGGAGGAUGGUCCCACAACGAUCAAGGCCGUCCCAACACCGGCGCCAUCGUCGGUUGCGAUUGAGUCUACUAACGGUGGAGCCGAGACAGCACGAUCUGGUGAGCCACGUAGCAAUGGUGUCGGGCGUCAAGCAUCACACGCUCCUGGCAUAGCUGCAGCCAAGGGGGCGGUCGGCGAUGUCAGCGGAGCCUCGACGCUGGACCUGUUGGCCACUCUCAGCCCCGAGGCUUUCACGCUCGAUGGGAACAUCAAGGGGGGGAGGCAGAAAAUCACUCGGCAAAGCUUCACGCACCCGCAGGCUGGCGGGGGCCUACAGGCCCCAGAGAGGCCUGAUGACCCACUGAGCAAGCUGGAUGCUCUGUGGAGCCUUGGCAAGAAGUAGGCGUGUAUGUGCAUCCGGAGUUUCUCGAUGCGGUUGACUUGUCUGUAUGGGGCUUGUCUCACUUGUGACAUGCUGCUGCUGCUGCUCCCUUGAGUUGCAGUUAAAACAGCGGUGAGUUUGAAUGCCUUUACUGAAAGGAGGCGAGGUGGGUGACAGUUGCUGUCUUGUUGUUUUUGUUAAGUGUCUGUGAUUAAAUUUGAGCUAUGAUGGAGCCUGUAGAGGAAGUGAAAUGAAGAGAAGCACCACACUAACUAUAUAUAGGUAGAGGUGCAGCUUUGCUGUUUAUGCAAACUGCGUGAUACUUGAUGCAUUUUCACAUACGAUAUGCCUGUGUGACUAAUGCGAUUGCAGUCUGUUAUGCUAAAUCAACGAUUCAAUAUUAAAGUCAAUAUUAGCACUCACAAUUCCUUCUUUUGAGUCUGCUUAACAUACUUUAUAGGAAUAUGUAAAUGUGCUUCCAGAUGAAUAAAAGCUAUCUCUGCUAUAUGAAUACUUUAUAGAAGUCUUUGAACAAUGGGACCAUUGGAGUAAAUAAAAUAAAUACUUGUCAUGAUGUGGUAAGUGUUAAUGGCCACCCAAACUUUAACUGAUUAUUUUGAAAGCCAUUAAAUGGUUAAGCUGC